UGAAAAUAUGAGAAGAGCAGCAGUCUCACAUCACCUAAGCUCGCUCUCUUCUUCUCAGGCUCAUCACCCCAACGUUCCUGUUUGUUUUACCACCAACAUCUCCCACACUCAAACCCCAAAACAAUCCCUUCUUGACCUCAUCAAAUCAUGCACCAGAAGAUCCCAUUUGCUCCAAAUCCACGCCCACAUCGUCCGAACAUCACUUGUUCUGGAACCCACCAUUUGCCUCCAGUUCUUGUCCCUCGUUGGACUUUCACCACUGAAGAGCAUCUCCUAUUCCCGCCGAUUCUUCGAUCAGAUAGCAAAGCCGACUGCUUUUCAGUACAACACCAUGGUAAGAGCUUACUCAAUCAGUGAUUCACCAGAGGAGGGGUUUUCUAUGUACCGAGAUUUGCUACGGCGGGGCCUCUGUGCCGACGCCUUGGCAUCGUCCUUUGUGAUCAAAUCUUGCAUUAGAGUUUCGUCGUUGUUAGGAGGGAUUCAGGUGCAUGCUAGGAUUUUGAGAGGUGGCCAUGAAUCCGACAGUCGUUUGCUCACUACUUUGAUGGACUUGUAUUCAAUUUGUGGCAAGUGUGAUGAAGCAUGCAAGUUGUUUGAUGAGAUGCCUAAGAGAGAUGUUGUUGCUUGGAACGUGUUGAUUUCUUGUUGUUUACAUAAUAACCGGACGAGGGAUGCUGUGAGCUUGUUCGAUAUAAUGCGGAGUGAAACUCAUAGAUGUGAACCCGACGAAGUUACGUGUUUACUUAUGCUCCAAGCUUGUUCCAACUUGAACGCGUUGGAGUUCGGCGAACGGGUUCAUAAGUACAUUGAAGAACAUGGUUAUGAUGGUGCUUCAAAUCUGUGUAACUCUCUAAUAGCGAUGUAUUCACGGUGUGGGUGUUUGGAUAAGGCUUAUGAGGUGUUUAAGGGAAUGAAGGAUAAAAAUGUGGUUUCGUGGAGUGCAAUGAUUUCUGGGUUGGCAGUGAAUGGGUAUGGUAGAGAAGCUAUUGAAGCAUUCGGAGAGAUGCAGAAAAUGGGUGUUUUACCAGAUGAUCAGACUUUUACUGGAGUUCUUUGUGCUUGCAGUCAUUGCGGUUUGGUUGAUGAAGGAAUUGUGUUUUUUGAUCGUAUGAGCAAAGAUUUUGGGGUAGUGCCUAAUAUCCAUCACUAUGGAUGCAUGGUUGAUCUUUUGGGUCGUGCUGGUCGACUUGAUCAGGCCUAUCAGCUCAUACUGUCAAUGGAUAUCAAACCGGAUUCGACAAUAUGGAGGACCUUACUUGGGGGUUGCAGAAUUCAUGGCCAUGAUGCCCUUGCGGAAAGUGUUAUAGGUCAUUUGAUUGAACUCAAGGCUCAAGAGGCAGGGGAUUAUGUUCUGUUGAUGAAUAUUUACUCUUCAGCUGGGAACUGGGAGAAGCUAACAGAAGUGAGGAAAUUUAUGAAGGAAAAAGCAAUUCAAACUACACCUGGCUGUAGCACAAUUGAAUUGAAAGGAGUAGCACACGAGUUUGUUGUGGAUGAUGUUUCACACCCAAGGAAGGAUGAAAUCUACAAGAUGCUGGAUGAGAUUAAUAGCCAGCUGAAGAUUGCUGGUUAUGUUCCAGAUGCAUCAUCUGAAUUGCACAACUUGGGGACAGAAGAAAAGGGGCAUGCACUCUCCUAUCACAGCGAGAAAUUAGCUAUUGCUUUCGGUGUCCUAGCAACUCCCCCUGGCACGCCAAUCAGAGUGGCCAAGAAUCUUCGGAUAUGUGUUGAUUGCCAUAAUUUUGCAAUGGCUCUCUCAGGGGUUUAUAACAGAGAGGUAAUUAUACGAGACCGCACCCGGUUUCAUCAUUUCCGGGAGGGGCGCUGCUCUUGCAAUGGCUAUUGGUAGGAAUAUUCAAGAUCUACAUCAUGUGAGCCAACUGGGAACAUUUUCUGCAAAUGAAAUGCCUGGGCAGAAGCAACACUGUGGGUUGUUUAGAUGGGAGUAGACAAUUCUAGUGAAGUAAUUAUUAGUGCCCUGGCAGUGGCCGUCCUUUGGUUUGAAAGAGAAAAUGUGGAAGGAAAGCUGUGAAAAGGCAGUUGUAGCAGCAAUCUGUUUGGCUGAUUGAGCACUGGUGCAGUUACUUGGUGUGCAGGGCAGGCAGCCACCAUAAGAGAUGAACAAAAGAGGAUACUAAAAAGCUACGGUUCAGAUAAGCUUUGUAAAGGAAAAAGAUGGUCCUUGGUGCGCAAGCAAGCCAUUAAUCAUCUAUAUAAUUUAAAGAAACAAAAACAAGGAUACAGUGUUCAAUUUGGAACUUGAAUUAGAAGAAUUAGAGAUGAAGAAAUCAGUGCCACUGCAAGUGUGUUUCACUUUCACGAGGGUUCUGAAAGCAAUGGCUCCUCCUACUCCUACAAUUCCAACUUCAACAACUCUUGUUACCUGUCCUCCUUAACUGCUCUCAAGAAGAUUAAUGGCUUCCAGCUCCAACGGUUAGGACAUGGCCAAGAAGAUCUCCAUCUCCCCUACUUCCUCCUCCCUCUAUUCCUUUGGUGAUUCCUGCCUUGAUCUGUUUUUCCAUGUGAAACCAAUACUUCACCCACUCGAAGACAACACCAUCCAGCAGCAGGCUGAUUAUAAUCAUUUUGCCCUUAACUAUCUGAAGCAACAGCUGCCUGUGGCCUGGUCCCACAGUCCCCCAAUCACCCUCAAGCUCAUCUUCAAUAACCAUCCCAAGACUCUAUUAUUCAACCUCCCUUCCCUUACCAGUUAGUUUUGGGGUUUGUAUGACCUUCUCAACAUUCUCUACUGGGUUCUAAGGCCAAGACGCUUCGGAGAGGCUCCACCAUGACCCAGACUAUAAGUUGUUACACGACCGGGUUAUGGAUCUCUUGGCAGAGGAGUUGAAGUCUGAUAUUGACUUAUUGAAGCAGCAGCACAAGCUGGAACUGAAGCCAGAUGAAGAUGGCGACGAACUUGAUGCUGAUCUUUUGGUACGUGGGGCUGCAGCGUUGUCAUUAACGAAAUCUCAGACCACCUCUCCAGGGCCAUUUUGCUGCAUGAAAGCAUUGCAAGGAGGCUUUUCCCACCAGAAUCAGAUCAAUCAGAAGAGUGGGAACGGCUAAGGAAGGCUUUGGUUCCCCUGACCAAUUACUACAAUCAUUGAAUCAUGUACGGGAAUCCCACACAAGAGGUCUCUGUGGUUAAAAAGUGUUUGGAGGAGGUGAAAGCAGCAGCAGAAGGAGGAAGCAAUUUAAGAGGCGGCAAUGGCAUAAUAAAGCUGGAUGCGCUGCUUCCAAAUGAGAUCAUAAAAUAUGUAGAAGAUGAGGAUUUUGGGGAAGCAGCUGAGCUUCAGUGGAAGGCAGUGGUGGAGGACAUGUACCUAAAGCAAAAGCAAGGGGAAGAGAGUUGGGCAAAUUUAAAAACUGCUUGGCAGUGUGUAACAUCACCACCGAUUUCAUGGCCAUACCAGUCAUAGAAUUGGCAGUGUGUUUUGGAUUUGUGCUGUCUGAACUGAUUACAGAUCUGGCAUGGAAAGGAAAGGUGAUCAGUUUUGGUCAUUUACCUGAUCAGCCGCUGCUGCAUUUAAUACAAGGCGAUGAUCUCAAGUCCAUGCGCGAGUUUAUGAUGAGGACAUGCUUCAGGGAGUCCAACGAGGGUGUUGAUUUGCGGAAAGUGUUUGAUUUGAUUCUGGAAGUGGUUGUAAAUGAGAACUUGAAGGCAGAGCAGAUUAUCAAGAAAGUGUUUGUGUUCACCGACUUCAAGGGAUUUUUUAGCUGCACCUCGAUGAUGCCACACAUUUUGCUUUGGAAUAUUUGUGACUGGAAGUUUCCUCAUUCCAAAGAACAUCAUCCAGGGGUGACGAUGGUGAGUGGCUUCUCCGACAAUUUGAUUAAGUCCUUCUUGGACAAUGGUGGGGAAAUUGGCCCGCAAGCUCUCAUGGAAGGAUCCAUUGCUACAAAGAGUAUCAAACUUUCUCUGUGGUUGAGUGUAACUUUUGCACUUUGAUCAAAGAUUUACAGAUAAGCGGCAGGCCGGUUUAAUAAGUAACAAAUUUGAUCAAAUUUGGUGAAUGAGCUAUUUUUUUGAA